CGGCAAAACACUAAAAGUCAUAUUCGGCUGUAAAUGAGAUGAACCGCUUAGACAAGACUUCAGAUUUUAAUGAAUUCCUGGCUAACAUGACACUGAUGGUGGCGAAAACAUCAGUUGCAAUUUACCUUGUAAAACAGACACCAUCAAAUGUAUCCUGUUAUGACUUUGUGAAAUUUCUUCAACAUCAAUACAAAAAAAGAGAACAACAAAAAGAGGCUAUUUUAAAUUUUUGUUUGUUACACGAAAACAAACAGUUGAAUCAAAAUUCAUAUGACAACGAUAUAAGUAUUGAUCAAAUUACAGAGAUAAGCAACUACAUGAUAUACAAUUCAAGUCAGUUAAAGUUGACAAAAUUUAAUUUGCAAAACACUUUACUACUUACAAAUAAUCAAGUAGUACAUCAGUUAAAAUACAGUUUACGGGAGAUAUUGGUUUCAUCUGCAAAUAUCCUUAUUCAAGCUUUUAAGAAAAGUAGUAAAAAAGGUUUAAUCUCUGUAAAGAAGAUGAACUUUUUUAUUGAUCUGAAGGAAGAUGUACAAACCAUAUUUAACUUGUGGGUAAACAAGACAAUGGAACAUCUGAAAGAAAAUUCCUAUGAUUUUGUUCAGUGUUUUACAAUUUUGAAGUAUUUUAUGAUACCAGACAUAGCUCGUUCAGAAGCAGAUAAUAACCUUUGGUAUUCAACAACUCUUGAACUGGCCUUGAUUCUUUCCAGCAUACUUUCAUCUCACUUAAAUACAAAGUAUCAGUCUGGUAUUGUGCAGUUUAUUACCGGAUUUAUAAAUGAUGCCUUAGAAAUCUUUAAUGAGAAUGUUAAGACGCUAAUUUUACAAAGGGGAAAAAUUCUGCUUUUGCGUACCAGUGGGUGUGCACAACUGGUAUGGCUUCUAGUAAAUUUACUGAAAUAUUUUGAUGACGAAAUGUUCAAUAAAACACAAGCACUGAAAUGGAUUCAAAUUCUUGACAAACUUUUUGAAAUUCAACAACCUAGUGUAGGUUGGAUGAUGAAGGCCCCAACAGCUCAACUUACUGGACUGAUGUUUAUAACAUUUAUUUUGAAAAAUAAAAUAAUCAAACUUACAUUUAAAUUAGAGUGA